UAUGGUGCUGCACACCUUGGUGCCCUGCCUUCUUUAACAAAGCGCAACAGAGCUGAGCAUCUCAAAAGUGGGCCAAGUGUCGUUGACUUUUUCUGGGAGUUGCUCGGAGGAGCUCUCUCUAUCUUCAACUUCAAUGGCGACCAAUCUCAGACUUGGCAGCCUGGUGUGGUGGAGAAGGUGGUCGAAGAAGGAAUGGGCUGUCGCAAUCAUUGUCUUCUUCACCCUCACCAUAUCCGCUCUCACUCUCAUCUCCAAUUCUCGGACCGAUCUCGCCGAUAACUCUCCUGCCGCCGAUGAUCUCGUCGACUUGACCUUGUUGCACAAUGCCAGCCAUAGAGGCGCAUUUUGUUUAGAUGGGACUGUUCCUGGGUACCAUUUCCAGAAGGGUUUCGGAUCCGGCUCCCAUAAUUGGCUUCUUCACAUUGAGGGUGGAGGUUGGUGCAAUACUAUAGAGUCUUGUUCCUUACGUAAGAUGACUGCAUUAGGUUCGUCCAACUAUAUGGAACGCCGCAUUCACUUUUCGGGGAUUUUGAGUCGUGACCCUUCAGAAAAUCAUGAUUUCUUUAACUGGAACAAGGUCAAGAUACGGUAUUGUGACGGUGCAUCUUUAUCCGGCCACCCUGAGAGUGAGUCAAAAAAUGGAGAUAAGCUUUUCUUUAGAGGCCAGCUCAUCUGGGAAGUUCUUAUGGAUGAACUCUUAUCAAUUGGCUUGUCUAAAGCAAAACAGGCUCUUCUUUCAGGUUGUUCUGCUGGCGGGUUGGCAACUCUUAUACAUUGUGAUGACUUUCGCAAACGUCUUCCAGAGAAUGUAACUGCGAAGUGUCUUGCCGAUGCAGGUUUUUUCCUUGAUGAGAAAGAUGUUCUUGGAAAUCGCACCAUGAGAUCUUUCUAUCAUGAUGUUUCCCUCCUUCAGGGUGUAGCCAAAAGUUUGCACAAGGAAUGUCUUGCAAAAGCAGAACCAUCAGAGUGUCUAUUUCCACAACAAAUUAUUAAAAACAUAAAGACCCCAGUGUUCCUUGUCAACCCAGCUUAUGAUUUUUGGCAGAUACAACAUAUAUUGGUGCCAAAUGCAUCAGACGGCUACUGGCGUAAAUGCAGGUUAAACAUUCAUAAUUGCGAUCCAAGCCAGAUUCAGAUACUUCAAGGUUUCAGAGAUUCUCUGCUGAUGGCGCUGAGCGAUUUCCAGAAAAAUAAAGAGGGGGGAAUGUUUAUAAAUUCCUGCUUUGCUCAUUGCCAGACAUGGAUGGCCGAGACAUGGCACUCUCUAAAUUCGCCUCAAAUAAACAAGAAGACCAUUGCAGAAUCCGUUGGUGAUUGGUAUUUCAAUCGGAAAGAAGCGAAGCAAAUUGAUUGUGCAUAUCCAUGCAAUCCCACCUGCAUUCAUAUGAAUUUCUUGUGAGCUUAAUGGAAAUUUAGCACACUUCAAGAUACCAAAGGGGUGGGUUAUCAUCUACUCUGAUAUCUUAAUUCUCUGAAUGCGGAAAAAGUUGCUCCAUUUCAGCUCCACGACCUGAUCCUUGCCUCGAAUGCGGAGAAUUAUGGUAAAAAACACUAACCAUACUCGGCGUAAUUUCCUUCACGUCAUUCUUUAAUUUGUUGCACUGCAUUGUGUAAUCCAUGUUUAGAGGAGUUUUGGCGAUGAUACUUGUUGGGAUAUACGACUUUUCUUUGUUCUUUAUAUAUGUUACUCUUCAUAAAAUGCAAAGGUCUGUGGUAUGAAACUGAAUGUUUAUUA